UGUGAGAGCUGUACUUUAAAACAGCACGGCGGGCCAAACUCACACACUCAGACACACUCACAGCUGAGAAAUCACACUGAAACAUAAGGUCAAUCCCUCUGGAUUUCUAUAUGGAUCUGGGACUGUAAACUAUUUCAAGAGGGAAAUAUCAGAGACAGAUUUCAAUUUGGUGUAGGACUGUAAAGGAAGGUACCUGGACACAUAGUGGAGAUGGAUGCAGGCCCGUUGGCAUCAGUGGCCGAAGGCUCUCCGGAAGGGGAGACUGUGUGUGCCGCUUUGGCCCGCUAUGAAACCACAUUGCGGGAUGCCGUACGUGAGAUCCAUGUGGACGUCAGUGCUUUCAAGCUGGGCAUCGAGCGGAGACUAGAAGAUGCCAUUAAUGUGAGUGGACCUCUGGGCCGGGCCGUGGCACAGCUGCAGCAGGAGAACCGGCAGCUCAGGGGUCAGUUAGAGGCCCUGACCCGACAGGUAGAGAUGCUGACGGGGUCGGUGUGCGACAGAAGCGCACUUCUCACUGAAGGAUCGGCACCACCACAGAGCAACAGCAGCACCGUGGGGCAUCAGUCUCCACCGUCUGCGGCCCCCAGCGUAGCAGCUCUGACCGGCUCUGCCUCCAGCCCCACCGCCACACGCUUCUCCAGCAGAGCCACCUUCUCCGUCACCAGCAAAACUAAUAGUGUUGAGCGAGAUGAGCCCAUUGAAGUGGAUCCAGCACCAGUUUCCCAAGGCUUGGAGAAUGGACACUUAUCCUCAACAGAAAACUCCACUAUGCCUUUGAGGAGAAUCUCGCCACCCAACGGUGUGUCACAGGAGCACUCAGCCCCUGUUUCGAUGGCGAUGCCACACCUGCCAAUCACAGCAACCACCAAAGUGGCUGACUCAGCAGUUAUGAAAAGUCCUGAGUCACCUGGUAGCCCAAUGCAAGCCACGCCGUCAGCCAUAACAGAUUCACUGACAAACAGUCAGCCGGUCACCAGUAAUAACCAGCCACAACUAGAGUCUCCUGUUCAUGCAGUUUCGUCUGUGAAAACAUGGGCUCCGAAUCCUGCCAGGACUAUGGGCUCUCCACGGCUUAGUGAGAAAGCAUCUUCGGCUCCAGCCAAGUCAGUGACUUACUCUGGGCUUUUCCCACACAGUACAGACAGAAAUGUGGAUAUGUCAGGAGAUUUAUCCUUCGGUAGAGGUAUUGAGCGCAGACGGGAGCUUGUGAGGUCCCAGACUUUACCUCGAAACAUUGGAGCCCAGACUCGCAGGUCCGUUUUUGAGAGGCUGGACACUGAGAACAACAGUCGACCCAAGCCUGUGGAUUCCAAACCAAAGCUGAAACGCUCUCAGAGUUUUGGAGUAUCCAGUGCUAGCAGUAUCAAGCAGAUUCUUCUGGAAUGGUGUCGAUCCAAGACCAUUGGGUACCAGAACAUCGACAUUCAAAACUUCUCAUCCAGCUGGAGUGACGGCAUGGCAUUCUGUGCCCUGGUCCACUCUUUCUUCCCCACAGAGUUUGACUACAACGUCCUGUCCCCUGCCGACCGCAAACAUAACUUUGAGCUGGCAUUCAGCACUGCAGAGAAGAAGGCUGGCUGCGAUAGGCUCAUUGAAGUGGAGGACAUGAUGGUGAUGGGAAGAAAGCCAGACCCCAUGUGUGUCUUUACUUACGUCCAGUCACUAUAUAACCACUUGCGCAAGUUUGAGUGAGAACUUGGCCUCUUUAGCGCCAGCUGAACACUGCACUGUCCCCUGCUGGACAAAACUGAACUCUGACAUAGUCACUAUGGUAUGGGGUUGCAAAAUGUCUAUGGGAGCCAACACCAUUUCAAGCAUGAUGCUUCUGCAGUUGCAUUUUAGUCAAGAAAAGGUCAUCGACUAUUUAUACAGUCCUUCGAGGCAUGGCUUUUGUGUAUGGCAUGCUCUUUUUAGAAUGGUGGCCUCUGAUUUAUUACUAAACAGCUUGAAGUUAAAGGAAUAGUUCAGCCCAAAAUGAAAAUGCACUUAUCUUUAUAGGCCAUCCGUGAUGUAGAUGAGUCUGUUUCUUUGUUGGAAGUAGAUUUGGAGAAAUUUACUUCUCCAAAUCACUUGCUCACCAUUGGAUCCUCUGCAGUGAAUGG